UCCAUCCACAACUCUCCUCACCCUCCAUAUAACACCCUUCCCCUCUUUACCUCCCCUGCCUACUAUAAGCAGCCUUGGGCCAACCAAGGUGGUCAGCAAUGGCUAAACCUCAAAUAAAGCAGGCCUUAGGCUGCUUCCUAUUCCUCUCCCUUCUCUUCUCUUCUUUUUCAACCUUCUCUCUUGCUUUGUCUGAUGCUGAAGCUUCCCUCAUUGCUCACCGCCAGCUCUUGUCUCUCCCAGAAAAUGGUGAUCUUCCCCAUGACUUUGAAUACGAGGUCGACGUUGUCUUGACCUUUGCCAAUGAAAGGCUCCGAAAAGCUUACAUCGCGCUUCAGGCAUUGAAAAAGGCCAUCUACUCUGACCCACUUAACACAACCGGCAAUUGGGCUGGUGCUGAUGUUUGUGCAUAUAACGGAGUCUUUUGUGCUCCAGCCCUUGAUGACCCCAAAUUGAGCGUUGUUGCUGGUGUUGAUCUUAACCACGCUGACAUUGCCGGAUACCUUCCAGUUGAGUUGGGACUCUUGACCGAUCUUGCACUAUUCCACAUUAACUCUAACAGGUUUUGUGGAAUUAUCCCAGAGAGUUUGUCAAGGCUUACACUUAUGUUUGAGUUUGAUGCUAGCAACAACCGCUUUGUUGGCAAAUUCCCUAACGUCGUCCUCACAUGGCCAGAGCUCAAGUAUCUUGAUCUCAGGUUCAAUGACUUCGAAGGGAAAUUGCCUCCAGAACUCUUUGAGAAGGAUUUGGAUGCGUUGUUCUUAAACAACAAUCGGUUCAAAUCCACCAUCCCCAACACACUAGGCAAAUCCAAGGUUUCUGUUGUGAGCUUCGCAAACAACAAAUUCAGCGGUUGCAUUCCACGUUCCAUUGGCGACAUGGGAAACACCUUGAAUGAGAUCCUAUUCAUAGGCAAUAAUCUCGGUGGUUGCUUCCCUCCAGAAAUUGGAUUGCUUAACAAUGUGACCGUGUUUGCUGCAAGCUCUAACGGGUUCAUUGGUACCUUGCCAAAAAGCCUGUCAGGGCUAAAGAAUGUAGAGGAAUUGGACAUUUCAAAUAACAAGCUAACAGGAUAUGUGCCUGAUAAUGUUUGCAAAUUGCCUAACUUAGCGGACUUUACCUUCUCUUAUAACUACUUCAGUGGGGAGGCUCAAGCAUGUGUGCCAUCUCCAAAGACGCAAGAUGUGGUGUUGAACGACACAAGCAAUUGUUUGCCAGGAAGGCCUAAGCAAAAGUCAACCAAGAUGUGUUUCCCAGUGGUGACUCGACCUGUGGAUUGCAGCAAGAACUGUGGUGGCUCCUCUCAACCUUCUCCAAAACCAUCACCACCUAAAUCUAACCCAACUCCAUCUCCAACACCAUCUCCAAAACCAUCUCCUACUCCAACUCCAACUCCAAAACCAUCUCCUGUACCAGCACCAGCACCAGGACCAGAUCCAUAUAACAAUUCACCUGGUGAAAGGAACCGCCCACCUCCACCACCAUCACCAUCACCAUCACCAUCACCCCCACCACCACCACCAGUUCAGUCUCCUCCACCGCCACCACCACCAGUACACUCACCACCUCCACCUGUGUAUUCUUCUCCACCACCACCACCACCAGUUCAGUCUCCUCCACCACCAGUCCACUCACCACCACCACCAUUACCACCUCCACCAGUUCACUCUCCACCCCCACCACCAGUCCAUUCACCACCUCCACCAGUAUUCUCACCUCCCCCACCAGUCCACUCACUCCCACCACCACCACCAGUGUACUCACCUCCACCUCCAGUCCACUCACCACCACCACCAUUACCACCUCCACCAGUUCACUCUCCACCCCCACCACCAGUCCAUCCACCACCUCCACCAGUAUUCUCACCUCCCCCACCAGUCCACUCACUCCCACCACCACCACCACCAGUGUACUCACCUCCACCUCCAGUCCACUCUCCACCACCACCACCUCCAGUCCAUUCUCCACCACCACCAGUCCACUCUCCUCCUCCUCCAGUGCACUCACCCCCACCACCAGUUCACUCUCCACCACCACCACCAGUCCACUCUCCUCCUCCUCCUCCGGUGCACUCACCCCCACCACCAGUCCACUCUCCUCCUCCUCCAGUGCACUCACCCCCACCACCAGUUCACUCUCCACCACCACCACCAGUCCACUCUCCUCCACCUCCUGUGCACUCUCCACCACCCCCAGUUCACUCUCCUCCUCCUCCAGUGCACUCACCCCCACCACCGGUGCACUCUCCACCACCUCCAGUGCACUCACCCCCACCACCCGUGCACUCCCCUCCACCUCCGGUGCACUCAACCCCACCACCGGUGCACUCCCCUCCACCACCGGUGCACUCACCCCCACCACCCGUGCACUCCCCUCCACCUCCGGUGCACUCAACCCCACCACCGGUGCACUCACCCCCACCACCCGUGCACUCCCCUCCACCUCCGGUGCACUCAACCCCACCUCCGGUACACUCUCCUCCACCACCAAUCCACUCUCCACCACCUCCAGCGCACUCACCCCCACCACCAGUGCAUUCUCCACCACCCCCAGUGCACUCUCCCCCACCACCAGUUCACUCACCACCACCACCAGUUGCUUCUCCUCCUCCUGUACCUGUCAUUUCACCACCACCACCAGAGAUCAUCCUCCCACCAAGCACCGGGUUCCAGUACUCAUCGCCUCCUCCGCCACUGUACCCUGGCUACUAAGUAGCGUAAUAUCAAACAUAUCUUUGCCUUUUAUUUCAUAUAGUAGUUUCAGAACGCUACGUAUACACACUCAAUUUGUAAGCUCAGCUUCUCAUCAUUGAAUAGUAAUAUGUUUCUAUAAUUUUUUUU